CAACAAUGUUUAGCAAUGUUAUUCGUUAAAUUGAUCUCUUAAGACAAUUAAAAUGAAAACCAGUCUCACUUCUUUAAUUUUUUUUAUCUCUGUGUAUACAUCUUAUUGCUUCAAUUUUGCUAACCGCUUUAAAGUAUGCCAACGAAAUGAUCCUGAACUAGAUGCAUGUUUGGCAGAUGCUAUCGAAAGAGGAUUUGAACUAUUGGGAUCUAGCGGUUUGCCAGCAUUAAAAGUUCCUUCCAUUGAUCCUUUAAAAGUUAAUCAAAUUACAAUCGGAGCUGGAACUAACGCUGUUAAUUUGGUACAGAAUUACUUUGAUGCAACCAUCAGUGGACUAUCUAAAUUAAAAGUGAAAAAUGCGCAUUUUGAUUUCGAUAAAAAAAUUCUGUCCUUUAUAUCCACCCACACUAAAGUUAAACAAGACGCGAAAUAUGAUAUAAACGGAAAAAUAUUGGUGUUACCUGUGUAUGGAAAAGGAGAUACAACUAUUAUAUUUGAUGAUGCAGUCCUUCAUCAUUACAUUCAUUUUAAAGAGGAAAUUAAAAAUGAUCAAACCUAUUUAAAGGUGAUAGAUUAUAAUGGCACUUUAUCAGUUGGAAAGGCACACUUCGAUUUUCAAAAUUUAUUUAAUGGUGACAAGGUACUUGGCGAUAAUAUCUUAAGAGUGAUCAAUGAUAAUUGGAUGGUUAUAUUUGAAGAUGUCAAAGAAGGUAUCGAAAAAUCUUUCAGUCAAGUUUUUAAAGCAAUAGCCACAGAGUUUUUUAGUAGAAUAACUUUAAACACGCUUAUUCCAAAUUAAAUGUUGAUAUCAGAAAACAAACAUUUUUGUUAUUCCAUUUUAUACGCCACAAUAUGUAUUGGGUUUAUGAAUAUGGAAAAACAGUUCUUAAUAAUUAAAUAUUUGUGUAUAUACGUUUUGUUUUAUUUAUAGGUUAUAAAUGGUA